UGUUUUUACAGUUGCGGGUUGCGGUUCUGAGUUGCAAAAAGAAAUUUUAUCUUCGAAUUGAGUGUGUGUUGUCUUACUUUGUGUUGAUUUUUAACAAAAUUUCAUACAAAACAUUGAAAAAUGGAAGAAGCCGAGUUUACCAUUCCGCACAGCAUUGAUGAGCUGCUGGAGUUCGGUGAAAACCAGUAUUAUGUGCAGGACGUCCUUGCGCCAGUGGAGAUCAGAGAUCAGUACAGCAGCCUGCGUUUGACCUUAAAUGAGGAUUUAAGCGACUUCAUCUUUGGAAAAUUUGAUCUUUUGUACAGCUGCAUCAAAAACUUCCAAGAACUGUCUCCAAAAGUAACUCGUGAAGUUUGGGAGCUCACCCUUAAAGCCUUUGGUCUUCAUGUUGCCAAUCUGCGACCAUUCCUGGAGAAGGGCAACAUCGAGAAUAACAUUCGGGAAAAACUCCUGCGGAAUACGAAGAUGAUAUUUUAUAUUUGCACUGAGCUAAUGUACAAAUUUGAAGAAAGAUCGAUCAGUGAAAAGGAGACCAGCAGCAAACCCACAAAGGGAAGAAAGAAGGGUGCUGACAAAAAUGAGUUCAGUUGGGAUGACGAGAAGACCUGUGGAAUUAAUGAACUAUACAGGCUGGUUGGUUUGCCUCUUAAAAACCUCUGGAAGAAAGCUAACAUUUCUGAUGAUUUUUUGGAUCAAGUGUCUCGUAUUUGUUUGAAAAUUCUCGAAGACCGUGAAAUUGGCUUUGUGAACAAGAAGUCGAUGAGGGACUCAAUCUUCCAAAUCCUCUCUGUUCUUUGCAAGGAGUACAUUUUUGGCCUUUCCCUCAUUCCAAGACUCUUGCAGCUUUUAAUGCUUCAUGAGCAUUUGGCUGUUCCUCUGGCCAGCAGCAUUUCCAACCUCGAAGAAUCCGGCGGCAACACUGGGUUGCUGCACUCGAUUUUGACAGAGGUUGAAAGUGACACCAAUAUCACUCCCAAGGCCGGCUCUAACUUUGGAUCAUUCGUCGUAUCUUUGUCACAGCAAAAACCUGCCAGUCUCAUUCAAAAUAUUGAUCUUAUCCUUGACAUCUCAGAAAAUGAGCCCUACUCUCUUCGCACUGGAAUGUUGGAAGCCACCAAGAAUCUCCUGAUGCACAUUUAUGCCUCUGGAAAUUUGACUGACAAGCAAACUACAGAGAGAGAUGCACUGCUUGAGAUUCUCGAACUGCAUCUCUUGGACACGAAUGCCUUUGCAAGAUCCAAGACCCUGCAAGCGUGGACAAGUUUGUGUGAAGCUGAAGUAAUUCCUGCCAAGUUGCUACUGAGGACCAUAGAAAAGAUCGCGCAGAUGACCCUUGACAAGAGCAGCUAUGUGCGAAAAGACGCCAUAAGGUUCCUGAAAACUUGUUUGGAACACAAUCCAUUCUCUGGGAAUUUGGACAGAGAUAAGAUUUCUAAACAGUUGGAAACCGCUCAAGCCAGAUUGCAGGAAAUGCAGGCUACCUAUGGCUACGUUGAACAUGAUCUUGAAGAGGUUUGGGAAUCUGUGGAGAAACACUUGCAGGUCAUCGUCCAUGAGCAGUUGUCCAAAGAUAUGAGGAAAGAAAAUGAGAAGAAGGAAAAAGAAAAUGGCAAGGAGGAAAAAGAAAAAGAUGAAUCUGAAGAAAAAAUGGAAGUUGAGGAGAAUGAAGCACCAGAAGAGAGCAAAGAAGAGAAAGCAGCCAGGUUGAAAGAGGAUAUUCGGAAAACUGGAAAUAUGCUCCUAUGUGGAAAUAUGGAAGACGCUGUGCAGAUGGCCUUUGAACUAACUAAGAAAUAUGACGAAAAAAAUGCCUUUGGCAUUGCAAUGGAUGAUGAUGACGACGAAGAUGAUCCUGAGGAAGACGAAGAGGAACGUCUUCAAAGCCGCAUCUUGCGCAAAACUGACUACAUGUGCACGUUGCUCAAGACAGCCCUUAUUGCAAUCACUCCAAAGUCUACUGAAGGACAAACUUCUGAAGAUGCUCUAAAAGAUAUCCAGAAGCAGAAAGAAAUUAUAAAAUUUCUCAAGAACUGCCUUAAGUUUUCAGAGCAGAUAGGCAUAGCCAGUGAGAACGUGAUGGUUCUGCUGGCAGCAAGUGAAACUACAGAUCUGGUGGAGGCCAUCAACUUUAUUGCGUCCGCCCAGCAAUUCGGCCUCCUUUCAGAGAAUGAUAGCAUUUUGAAGCUUCUCGAAUUUCUGCACAGCAAAGAUGUGAAGCAAAAGACUGCUGUUUCGGAAGCUUGCAGAAGAAUCUACCUGUCAAGCAUUGAUCCAGAACUCAAUACUGAUAUUACGCAUGACAAUUACAUGGAGGCCAUGAAAAGGGUGUGCUGCUUGGUGCACAAUGCUCAUCCAAAUUUCCAAAAGAGUGUCUCACUUUUGAUCCAGACAUGGGUGAAUGAGGGACAUAUUAACAAUGAGUGCCUUUAUUCCCUUUGGGAAAUGGUCGAAAGUAAGACCAAAAACGAGUGUGUUCCAGCUCUUCACACACUGAGUCUGGCUCUUAUAAAUAAACCAACCCUCGUUGAAGAGCAGAUCAAAACAUUGGACAGAAUUGGUUUCGGCAGCAGAGGCGAAGGUUGUUUUGAAUUAGCAAAAUGGGCAGCUGCCGUGCUUGCGCUUGCUUCGCCAAAGGUCACAGCUGAAAUGUUGGCCAAUCCCUUCAGAAUUCCUCUGAAGGAUGAAAUAUUUGCACACAUGACCAAUUUAAUUAUCAAAGGCCUAUUCAAGAUUUCGGACACCGACUACUGUGGUUUAUCAGACUACAUCAUCAAAGCGAUUUUCAAGACGUGCAAAAAGCCUGUUUCUCUUAUCGGAGAAAUUCUGAAGAAGAUGAAUGAGGAGUUGGAGAAAUACAACCCUGCAGACCACCAGGAAAGUGAAAUGAAUGGAGAAGUUUUUGAUGAAGUCAGCAACAAGCCCUUGACCCAGCUUGAUACUCAAAACCCAGAAAGCCAAAGACCAAUCAGCGCAACCUCUCCUUCAACGUCGUCCAUUCCCCAUGUUGUUCUCUUGAGGUAUGUGCAUGUAAUUGGAAAGAUUGCUGAUGAAAUGCACACUUUCGUCUACGAGGACAUCAUGUCGGAAAUUCGAAGACAGAAGAACUUGAUGGAACUUGAAAAGGACCGUCGCAAAGUCCGUCGAUCCAAGGCUAACACCACAACAAGCAGUAUGGCCGAUGAAGAAGACGAUGGGGCCUUGUUUGAUGUGCAAAAGUUGAUGAAAAGCUCGAGCAAAUAUUUCCUGAACAACACGGAAGAAGAAAAUUUGGACGCCCUGCUCAGAAUUUGCGAUUCGGAACUGCUUGUAAAUGAAAACACAUUUGGAUGUCUCUUGAAAUUUGUGCAAGAGUCUUUUUCCUCCUCUCACUGCCACCAUCACGGCUUGCGCUUGACGGCAAUUCAGGCUUAUGGAAAGUACAUGAAGCUGUCGCCUACCUUUUGCAGAAAUAAUCUGAGGAAAUUCGUGACCAUCUUGAGCAAAAGCAAGGACAUUAGAGUGAAAAUCGCUUGCAUUCACACCCUGGCUGAUCUGAUGAAAAAAUACCCAAAUCAGUGUGAGCCGUUUUCGCCUCAUCUCUAUGAAUGCUUGAAAGAUGAAGAUACAAAUGUGCGCUUUGAAGCUUUGGUAGUAAUUUCAAAGCUCAUUCUCAGUGACAUGAUCAGAGUCAAGUUCCAAAUCACUUCUCUCGCCCAAUCUCUCACUGACGAGGAAAAGAGGUGCCAAGACGUUGCCAAGUACUUCUUUGCUACAUUGGCAACGAAGGGCAACAUUCUGUACAACUUGGUGUUGGACAUGAUUUCCCAGCUGUCAGCAGAGUACUCUGAGAGCAACCAAAGCCAGUUUGAAACCAUCAUGAAGGAAGUCCUUCCGCACAUUGACAAAGAAAAGCAAGUGGUUUCGCUGGUUGAAAAGUUGUGCAGCCGUUUCCAGGACAAGGUUGAAGAAAUUGAGUGCUACAAUUUGGCUCUCUGCAUCAGUAACCUGCCCAUCACUUCCAAGUCUGUCAAGGCCAUCAAGGACGCAACGCACAUGUAUGCCGACAAACUCAAGUACCCGAAAGUCAAAGCCAAAUUCGACGAGUUGGUGCAGGCAGCUCGAAAGCAGCUCCGAACCGAGGGCAAGGAGGAGUUUGAGAGGUGGCAGGAGCUGUUGGAUGCUUGCGUCAAAGACAAGGAUGCUGCAAAGCAAGCAAUAGCCGACCUGGCCGAGACAGCAAAAGCCGAAUUGGCCGCUCAGAAAGAAAAGCGCAAAGCCCCUGGUAGAAAGAAGGCGCCGACCAAAAAGAGGGCUAAAGGAUCUGACAGUGAAGAUGACGAUUUUGAACAAACGCCCAGACCUCAGCGAGGCAGAAAAAAGUUGGUCGAUUCUGACGAAGACGAAUCGAUCUUACAAACGGCUGCGAGGAACAAACGGCAGCCAGCCAAGCGACUUGCCAAUCGAAAUGCGCCGAUUGUUGAAGAGGAAGACGAAGACGAGAUGGAGAGUCCAGUGCGGCAGGUCAGGAGCAAGAAAACAACUGACGUUUAUUCUGAUGAGGAUGACGAUGUGCUAAUUCAAUCAGCACGAUCCAAAAGUAAGAGGAAAAGCGCUGACAAAAGUGACAAAGCAUCACAGAGAUCCUCCAUUCGGAUUUAAGAUAAGUUAGUAAGCUUUAAUUGAAUUAUCUCUGGUAUUUUAAAUUUUAAAAAUAAAACUAUUUUACUCGA